CGAGGAGCCAAGUGCCUGAGCGGCACGGACGAGAGUUGGAGGGAAGGAAAGAUGGCGGACGUACUUGAUCUUCAUGAGGCUGGGGGCGAGGAUUUCGCCAUGGAUGAGGAUGGGGACGAGAGCAUCCACAAACUGAAAGAAAAAGCGAAGAAACGGAAGGGCCGUGGCUUUGGCUCCGAAGAGGGUUCUCGAGCGCGGAUGCGUGAGGAUUAUGACAGCGUGGAGCAGGAUGGCGAUGAACCCGGACCACAACGCUCUGUUGAAGGUUGGAUUCUCUUUGUCACUGGAGUCCAUGAGGAAGCCACGGAAGAAGACAUCCAUGAUAAAUUUGCAGAGUAUGGAGAAAUAAAAAAUAUCCACCUCAAUCUGGACAGACGUACAGGAUAUCUAAAGGGGUAUACUCUAGUUGAGUAUGAAACAUACAAGGAGGCCCAGGCUGCUAUGGAGGGACUCAAUGGCCAGGAUUUGAUGGGACAGCCAAUCAGCGUGGACUGGUGUUUUGUUCGGGGUCCACCCAAGGGCAAGAGGAGAGGUGGUCGGAGACGCAGCAGGAGUCCAGACCGGAGACGUCGCUGACCCAUCCUCUGUUGUUCAGGUGUUCUCUCCAGAGAUUCCAUUUGACCAUGCAACCUUGGAGAAAUACGGCUGGGGUGGAACUCACUGUGUUUAUAUUUAAUGUUACACUGUUUAGUGUUUCUUUUGAAUUAUGAAUAAAUGUACAAUUUUUGUUUUCUAAUUACUUUCCUUUUCUAAUAUUGCAAGCUCUGGAGUACUAUUUACAGUGAGGCAGUAUGGGUCACUGUGAAGAUAUUUCUCCCAGGGACUGAAUUCUGUGUGAGUUUCUACGUUAGAUACAGUCUCCAGUGUCAGGGUCAAGUAGAGACACUGCUCAGUAUUUCUUUUUUGAAGCUAAGAGAGCAAGGGUAGAAGUAAGAUGUUCUCAUGACAGUAAGGAAUAAUCAUUCAUUCUGUUCCUAUAUAUGCUGUCCUGAGCAAGUGGUAUCAUAGAGAUGUCUCUUUUUUCUCUCCUGCCUUUCUUGUUGCUACAUUUGUUUGUACUUCCAUCUGUCUAAGGGCUUGAAUCUCCUGUUGGGGCACUCUUCCAGAACCUCCUUCCCUGGAGGAGUCUAUACUAUGUUCUUGAUGCCGUCUUUGGCACCCAAAGGUGAAGGCCCCAUAGAAGAGAGGAUCCAGAGGAGCAUUGAGGAGGCCAAAGAGGAAAAGGAUGUGGCUGAAGCUAGGAGGCACUUCAGUUAGCAUGGUGGGAGAGAACCAGUACCAAAGACCCAGAAGGUAAUAAGGUGUCCAGCAGAAGAUGAAGGUCAGCAGGACAAGUAGGGCCAGUAGUAGGGCCCGAUGACGAACAUGGGAGUGAUUGUCUAAGGAGUGGCAGAUGGCAAAUUCACCUGCAGGGGCUGGGAAUUUAGAAAAUACACUCGAAUUCAGAACCACUUAGCUUCUAAAUUGAUAGGCAGAAAUUGUGAGAUAGAGCUCUUCCCUCUAUAAGAGAAUGCUGCAAGCCCUCCUCCCCUUCCCAGCCUGGAACUAUAUGCUCCCUUCCCAUCAGAGAUUAUGACAGACAAGCUGGAAAAAAGGUUUCAAUUGAGGUGCUGUGGUACAUGAAGCUACAAAGUCUGUUUGAAGUGUUGGUGUCCAAGAGCAAAGGAAAAUACUGAUCUCCCUUCUCCUUAAUUCUUGCCUAGCUAACUCAACUUCAGAGAAUGAUGGCUAGUGGCUCGUUAGAAUUGAAAGCAUUCAAUGAAGUUAGUGUGGCUUUAGCUGCUAGAGAUACAGUUUGUUGUUAGUCGCUAAGUUGCAUCGGAUUCUUUCGUGACCCCACAGGCUAAAACCCACCAGGCUCCUCUGUCCAUGGGAUUUCCCAGUCAAGAAUACUGGAAUGGGCUACCAUUUCCUUUUCCAGGCGAUCUUCCCAACCCAGGGAUUGAACUUGAGUGUUCUGCAGUGCAGGCAGAUUAUUUACCACUAAGCCACUGGGCAAGCUCCUUGGUUUGAUAGAUAGCUAUCAUAUUAAUGAGGCUAGACAAUAGUUUUAGGGUAUGGGUUAGGGCCUGGGGGUUGGAGUCUCACUGUGGUUCCCCUUCCUUGUCUGAGGAGUGGACACAUUGCAGACAAUGCGGCUAUAGCAGAUGGUCAUUGCAGUCAGUGGCAGCAGAAAGAGGCAGCAGAAGGUGAAGAGGUUAUAGAUGAUCUCUUGCCAUAGAGACUUGGACAGUGUGGGACAGGAACAGCUAGAUUGGAGUCGAGGACUAUUAGAACUGGUUUCCCUUCUCCCCUGCCAAGCUACCUACCAAUUUAACACUAUCUCCUCCUGAUUAAUUCAUUCUUUUUUGUGUGUGUGAUUGUUAAGAAAUUUGGGAGCUAAUACAGUGCAUAAUCUCAAUCCAUUCUUAAUUCCCUUCAGUGCUGAGUAAUGGUACAUCUGUGGUGUCAUAUUUAAAAGGUUAGAAAUGUAUCUUGAAAAUCCCUAUUUUCCUCUUAGGCUAUGCUUAUUAAAUCCAGGACUUAAAAGAAUCCUGUCUUUUGAGUACUAUCUACCAUUUUAUAAGAGGAUAUCUCUACCACCUCACCAACAUUUUUUUCCCUCACCAUUUUUAGCUGAAAUUAUUUUCCUGAUGUGUCUGUGAUUAAUUCUGUGGGAAAAAUAAAUCUUGUAUAAAAUGGGAGGUGCUAGAGUUGCAGGCUAUUUUGCAGUCACUCUCUAAAGUGACUUUAGUAAUAGUCCUAUGUACAAUAAUUAUAAUGGUAAAAUAACAUUAAUAAAAUUUAACAUUUUCCA